AUGAAAUUUGACUUUGCGGAUCUCCUGAGCCUCUACAUCCGUUCGCAUGGUGGUAGUGGCAAGGGUGGAGGUGGAGGUGGAGGCGGUGCAGAUGGCGGUGCUGCUGAAGCUGCUGAUGGUGCCGACGGAGGUGUCAUGGGAGGAGGCGGUGGCGGCGGCGGUGGCGGAGGCGGACCAGAACUUGGUGAUGAUGAUUUUUCCCUCCUCAACGGACGCACCCAUGCUCUGCUAUGCUCUAUUGGCUUUCUCAUUCUGCUUCCAUUGGGCGUGCUCAUUGCUCGCUACACUCGGACCUGGAAUCGCUACUGGUUCUGGAAUCAUGCCUUCAUCCAACUUGUUAUUUCUGGUCCGCUUAUUUUCACUGGCUGGGCAAUAGGCUUUCAGCUUGCCCGGUCCUUGGAAUUCCCUGUAAACAGUCUUGACACCCACCAGAAGAUCGGCAUCAUACUUCUCACGUUGUAUGUAACUCAACUGGCACUCGGCGUUUUCGUCCAUCUUGCAAAAUUCCCGCGCACUUUCCCUGGUGGUCUGCGCCGUGCACCACAUAAUUACCUCCAUGUCUUGCUUGGGUUAGCUAUUUUGGCUCUUGCUGCAUACCAAGUGCAUUAUGGACUUUGGAUUGAAUGGGAGUUUGCAUCUGGUGGACUUUUUCCAGUGCCAAAUAUGGCAAAGCAUGCUUGGCUUGCACUUAUCAUUGUGUUCUGGGUAUUAUAUGCUUUAGGCCUGAUAUUUUUGGUCAAACAAUUCAGGCAGGAAAAGCAAUUCAAGCAACAACCUGUUGGUAUAUCUAGUCCAAAUGGAAAAUCAUAG